UCGGUUAGCUCUGCUAGCUCACUAACCACACGUUGGCCGUCAGUGGCCGUCAGAGACCGUCAGUGGCCGUCAGAGACCGUCAGUGACCGUCAGUUGGAGCAAAUGAGCCGCGUCGAGCCACCGCACAAGUCCAGACGUGACGCAGAGAACAAGAAGCUAAAAACAUCAGAGGACAUCCAGGUUCUUGCCAUUCACCCACAGGACCUCAAUAACAUUCAUACACCAAAGCCACCCAAGGGUUGUCAAAAACCAGCGCUCAUGGCUUGUGUGCGUAAAACGCGGUCGGCUGGUGAAGUAAGAGAUGCUGUGCGAGGGCCGGUGCCUCACCCAGUGAAUCUGGAUCCAUACUCUCAACUUCUCGACUACACAGGAUCAGAAGGGCUUCGGUUUGAUGACCAAGGGAUGGUUCUUCCACACAGCAUUCUGGGUAGUUUAGAGGAUUUCAGAAGCUAUCUGGAGGCCAAAGGGGAGACGGAGUUGGUGAACCGCGUCACAAAUUCCAGGAGAUAUGAUCCAUCCGAGGCCCCAUGGAGGCAUCAUUCUGACGCUGUGGAGAAUGGCCAUGGGAUCCCUUCAGGCCACAGAAACGUUCAGCGUAAUGCCCUGCAGCACUGGCAUACACAUAUGACGCAGCGCAGACGGCAGCAGGACUUUUUAUCUGACUUGCUUGACAGGCCGGUCGAAUACUUACUGAUGAACCAAGCUGACCAUUUCAGAGAAACUCAGGAGAAGAGGGAGCUUCUAAACCAAGUCAUGCCACUCAUCCACUCUGGAUAUGGUUACCGUGUGGGCAGUGAGUUUUGGAGCCUGCCCCAGCGUUAUGGAGAUGAAAUGAGUGGCAUCGCAGCUACUCUGACUCAGACAGAGCAAGGCAGACGGGAGCCUGUCACACAUGUAGGACAGCCGAGCAGCAUUCGCCAGGAAUCAGGAAUAAUUUGUGCUGAGACUCUGCGUCCAGCCUCUCGGACUUGGGACCAGAGUGAAUACCUGCAGCACCAGUGUCAGGAGCUCGGAGAGGUUCUAUGGGACAUGGACAUCAAACAGCCGGAAAUCGAUGGACUGGAGGUUAUUGGCUGUAGCAAGCCAUUCACUUUUGUCUCAGUGUGUCGUGGUGACCUACUGGAGAAGGAGGAAGAGGAGACAGAGCAUGAGAAGAUGAAGAAGGAGAACCUUGACCCACUGGCACAGCAUGAUGCUGUUCAGUCAGAGGCUCUGCUCAUUCCUGCCUUGAGAUUCUGUGGUCAGCUUGCUAGCUGGACUGGAAACUCCACCACAAACCAGGUAGAAGUCGGACUCAGUGCCACUUUAUUCUUUGAGGUCCCGACUGGAGAAAGAGCCUCAUCCCACCUUGAGCUCCACAAUGAGGGCAGCACAGCCAUCUUCUACAGCUGGGAGCAGCUUCCCGUGCCAAACAGCUUUCCUAACCUGCGGUCACAAACAAAGACUGUGCACUUCUACUUUAACUCCUCCUCUGGUGUGAUCCGUCCAGGUGACUCCCAGCGGGUUGAGUUCACAUUUAAGUCCGAGGAGCCCGGCCUCCAAACUGAACAAUGGCAGCUCAACACCCACCCUGUGCUGCUGCAAGGAGCCGCCAUGCAGGUCACAUUGAGGGGAGUCGCUCUGUACCAGGACCAAACUGCAGACCAGAGGCUUUUCAUAGAGACAAAGCUGGAAGAGGUGGUGAAGGUAAAAAUGUGUCUGUCGAUUGUGAAUGAGGUGCUUUGGGGGGUCCGCAGCCCAGAGAGACCCAGCUCUCCGGCAGAACUCUAUGUCACUGAGGACCAAGAGUUUUUAAGCAAAAACCCCAAGUUGCAGUACCUCCAUCAGCCAGUGGAGGACCUAAAGAGACUGUGGCAAGAAGUGCAUCCAGAACGCCCCUGGGACUUCUCUGUCCAUACACUCCGACAGGCUGUGCUGUCUCUGCAUGAGCAAGAGUCAGAGCAGGAAAAGAGCCUGGCCCAGCUCAACUCGCUGCUCCUGCAGCUUUCUGAACCUUCUCAACUGAAUCCCCACGAGCUGACAACAGCAGCUAUAGGGCAGCAGCUGUGGAGGAAGCUGCUUGACACGAUGUCUGCUGAGGCCAUGAGGCUCAGAAACCUGCUGGGCCUUCCAGAGAGAGAAACACAGGUCGAUAAUCAGGAGGAAGCACCAAUCUCUGAUGCUGAUGUGGCCGAUAACAAAGAUGAGAAGAGUGAGAAAAAGGGAGGAGCAGCUGCUAAAGAGGAGAGGAGUGGGGUGAGGUCCAGAAUUAAGGAGGACAACAAAGGGGAGUCCCAGUCAGCACUAACUGAAAAAUCAGUGGAGGACAUUAAAAAGAAGGGUGAAAAAAGGGAGGAAGUGGGGAAACGCACUAAGGAAAAGCAGGGAAAGGAAACAACCUCGUUGACUGAUAUCCCAUCAGACAGCGUCGGUCAACAACCUCCUGGUUACCCAAAUGUAGUGGUGGAGGUGACGGACGUUUACACAAGGCUGCUCCACACAAAGGUCUACGUGCUGAUGGAAGACCUGGUGGACAACCUGUGUGACCUGAUGGAUGAGCUGAAAGAAGGAGAUGAGCAGGACACACACACUGUUAACACGUGAGAGGCAGGCACAGGAGCCCACUCAGAACAUACAACCAAAUGUAACGAAUAUCUGUUGUUGUUGUGGAAUCAAUAAACUGAUCAUUCUUCUAGCCCAGUGGAUGUGCAGUCAUGUUCAUCAUGUGGGGCGGCUGUGGCGUAGUGGAGAGCAAGGUAGUUCUCCAAUCAGAGGGUCGGUGGUUCGAUACCUGGCUU